AUGACGCCCACGCUAUCUGGACUUGACUCGAUCAAAUGCGAAUUCGCCGUGCCUGGACCGGGCACACCUCUGAACGGGGUCGUUCGUUGGUCAGAUACUAAUAUCGACCAGCCCAGCCUGAUUGUAAAGCCGACAACAGAAGAUGAUGUGCAAACAUCUAUCAAGAUUGCUAAAAGCAAUGGUUUAACUAUCACAGUCGGCGGUGGAGGUCACGGAACCUUCGUCACCCUUGAUUCCAAUGCUCUCUACUUGGACAUGGCGAACUUCAAGGCAAUCAAGCUGGACAAAAGUACGGGAAUAGUUGAGAUCGGUGGUGGGGUGACAACCGGAGAAGCCUUGAAGGCUUUGGCAGAUCAAGGUUAUUACACUCCCCUGCCGAAUUCCAACGCUGUCGGCGUGGUAGGAUGCAUCAUUGGCGGCGGGAAUACGCCUCUCAUUGGAACUCAUGGGUGGAUGGCCGAUUUGGUCGAGUCUUUCCGCCUUGCAACCGCCGAGGGAAAGAUGAUUGAGGUCAGCUCCUCUUCAACGGGAGAGGAUUUGGCCCUUUUCAAUGCACUCUGCGGCGCAGGCCAUGGCCUUGGCGUUAUAACAGCCGUGAAAACAUCAGCCUUCCCCAUCAAGGACUUGAAUAUGACGGACGACAAAAUUUGGAUUCGUUCGCUCGUGUUUCCACCCACAGCAAUUGAAAUUGCGGCUGAAGCUUUUCUUAAGAUGCAGCGCCCUGCAUCCUCCGCAAGCAUCAAUGUGUUGUUCAUGCGCAGUCCACCCGGAACUCCAGCUGCUGGUUCGCCAAUCAUAGUCUUGGGUGCCACUGUCUUCGCAUCCGCUGAGCAAGGAGAGGGACAUGCUUCUAUUCUGUUCGACGACGAGCUUGUCGGAAAGGCAAUCGUGAAGAAUACUGAGGCAACACCGAUAGUAAACCUCAACGAUCGUUACGCGCCAUAUGAUUCUCGUGGUGGGCACAAAGCUAUCGCUUCUUGCCGGCUGAACAAUUUGGACAUCUCAUCUAUCAAAAGCGCUUUUGAGCAGUGGGUGUCCGUGACUGAGAAGUAUCCAGACAGCCGGAGGAGUAUUUUGGUUGUUGGACUGUCUGACAGCACAAAGGCUGUCCAGCUUGGGAAUUCGGGAGCCACUGACAGGUUUGUGGAAGGAAGAGAAAGAGAGUUCUCGAUCAUGACCGUGACGAUCUGCUCAGAGGAUAACACGAGGGUGGCUCUGGUAGAGUACAUGGACACUCUUAUGAAAAGAUUCAGGGAGGGUGACCUAGAGUCAGUGCCGAGAAGUUUCCCAAACAAUCUCCGAUUUGGGAUGAACUUGGAGGAACUAUUUAGUAGGGAGAGAUUGAGCCAGCUCCGCGACCUCAAGGAUCGUUGGGAUGUGGACGGGCUUUUCUGGAAUCCUUACAAGCAAUAG